CGACACGGAAGUGGCGAUUUCCAUUUAUGGUUGCUCGUACAUCUAUCAGUCAAAGCGAAGAAAAUCUUGACAAACACGCAAUAAAGGACAUUUUCGGAAACAAUUUGACCACUUGUCGGUCAGAAUAACUAAGACGGUAGAAGAUGUCAUACCAGCAAGGAUUGGAGCGUGACUUUGCUCAGAUGCAUGUACAGGACAGAGGGGGUAUCCAUCUACCACCUGCCCUCGCCCCCAAGCCCAAACCCUACAACCCUGCCCCAGCGCCAUACCGACCUGCCCCGGGACAGCAGAAAGCAGGCCAGGCAGCAUUCAGACAAGUGUAUCAUGAUGGUGAGGACUUCCCUCCUCCCCCUCCCCAGACAGGCUACUCAGAGGAACAUGCCUACCCACCCCCUCCACCCCCGGAACAGGUGAGGGGCUACAUGUAUCAACAACCACUCGAUGACUUCCCUCCCCCACCUCCACCACAAGCAUCUCAAGGCUACGAAUACAGGGACAACCAGUAUGGCGGGGGACCAAAGACUGCCAACUACAUGAACCAAGUGGGGUAUCGGGAUUCCCCAGGACCCUACAACGAAUACGGAUCUUCCCCAGGAGCAUAUUCUAGGGGCCCCGAGGGUCGCAACUCGCCCUACAUGUCGGGGCAGAGCAACUACGCAAAUGUUAACGUAGUCUCGGGCAAACAUGACUAUGGACGAGCUUCCCCCAGCACUUUCCGAGCUGAGCCUGCUCAGGGGCGACAAGAUCGUCCAGUCCCUGGACCACAGGUGCCCUCUUCUUCGGAACAGUUGGUCAGUACUGUGGCUCCCUCUGAGAAGGAGGCUGAGGUAGAUGCACUCACAAGUCUCCUCAUGCAGAGCAUGGAGUCCUCCGGCGAUCCAGACUACUUUGGAAUGUGCUCCAAAUGCAGCAAGAAAGUUUUGGGAGAAAUCAACGGGUGCAAGGCCAUGGACCAGGUGUUCCACAUCAACUGCUUCACCUGUGUCAGCUGCAACCUGAAACUGCAGGGCAAAUCCUUCUUUGCUCUUGAGAAUAAGCCAUACUGUGAAGUCUGUUAUAUGAAUACUCUGGAGAAAUGUUCUAUCUGUUCGAAGCCAAUCACUGACAGGCUACUGAGAGCAACUGGCAAGCCAUACCAUCCCGACUGCUUCGUGUGUGUGGUUUGUGGGAAGAGUCUAGACGGUGUCCCCUUCACAGUCGACGCAACAAACCAGAUACAUUGCAUCGAGGACUUCCACAAGAAGUUUGCCCCCCGUUGCUGCAGCUGUCAGUUGCCUAUAAUGCCAGAGACUGGACAAGAUGAAACCGUGAGGAUUGUUGCCAUGGACAAGAGUUUCCAUGUCGACUGCUACAGAUGCGAGGACUGUGGAAUGCAGCUGUCCUCCGAGGCUGAAGGGCGGGGCUGCUACCCCCUGGACGACCACAUCCUGUGUAAAAACUGUAACGCCAAACGCAUUCAGCAGAUGACUACAAAGAUGGCCACUGAGCUAUAAGCAUCAAACAGCCAGAACAGGCUGAACACCAGGUUAAAACGUUUUCUGACGAAAACAUCUCGGAACUUCAACCUUGAUGUCCAAAAGUUUUCAAAGGGACGUAGUAAAAAGAAAUAAUCUAAAUUGAAAACAUUGGGCUCAUGAAAUGUUCUUUGAAAGCAAGGGGGACGCUGGAAUUCUUGAGGUUUUCUCUUGUGGUACUGGGUGCCAUUCCACAAAGUUGUCAUAGCUCUGAGACCCUAGUAACACCAAUACUUAAACAUAGAUCUCCAGUCAUUGUGCUCAGAUUCCUUUGUGGAUGGGGGCCCUGGGACCCGUUCCACAAAGCAAUCUUAGCCCUACAACUGUCGUAAGCCUAUGUUUAAGUAUGGGGGUUACGAUCAUCUUACCGCUAAGAUCGCUUUGUGGAACCGGGCCCUGGAAACUAGGGACCCACUAAAGGGUACAAAGGGACCCCUUGACUUUCUGGCUUAAUUUCAAAAACUGGUUUCGAGUCUAUUUUUUUAAUAAGGCACAAAUAAGAGACAAAUAGGAAAGUCAUUUCAAAUCUUACCUGUCAUCUUUGUAUUUCAUGUUAAUAAAUACAAGGAAUAUAUUUCCACUGUAUUGACUUCAUGAAGAUGAAAGUUUGACUUGUAUACAGGACAAGAAUAUCCGACAAUAUUUGAGAAGUCUGCAAUUGUCAAAUUGGAUACCAUGUUCGACAUAACCACCCUGCUCAAAAUAAUGGCCUCCAACUUGUUUCAGAAACACAAUUUUAGGUGUUAUCAAGAGAAAAAGUAUACAGAAUAAAGAGCAACUGAAAACAAAUUGGAAUAAGAAUUUUUUAAAGACCAGUGUAAGAUAUUCCUGCUUGAACAAAAUAUAAUUGUUUACUGUUUACAUUUUCUGUCAGUUCAUUCAGCUCUAUUUGAAGCAAAAUUGAUACAUUAAGAACUGUUUAGUAGUCUUAGGUAAGCGGAUUAGCAUGAAUUUCGAAGGCUUCUUUAAUAACAGCCUGUCCAAGGGUUCAGAUUAUUUUCUGGGACAUUGGCAGAUUGUCAUCCAGUAUGUCAGAAGAAACCAAAUGUGCUAGGUCAAUAAUUGAUAAAAUAAUCAAAGUGUCCAUACGCCAUUUGUCUCAAGCAGACUCAGUGCUAUCAUUGGCGUGUUUGUUUCACCAUCAGGUGCAGCAUAUGUGGAAUAUGGUAUCUCUACUCAUUAUUUCUUGGUAUGCAUAUUACCAAACAUUUGAUGCAAUAUGAUGUAUUAUUGUGAUAGCUCCAGCCGCUGUGCUUGUGACUUACAUGUAUUUAUUCUUAGUCAUGCCAUACGCAAAAUGAAAGCUUUGCUGUAGUUUGUAGUUUCAUUGUCCGUUCACAUAUGUUUACUGCUGCAAGUGUAUUGAAGUUAUAUUUCUGUUGAUAUGUGAGCCUUGGAAGCUAUUGUAUUACAUGUUUAAUUUUAAGUAUGAGCUUGCAAGAGUUACUUCCCUUUACAUUAAAAAGAAUUUAGGUUUUUGUAUUGAAAUACUUUAAUCAUGUUAACAGGCUA